GACCGCCGAGUGAACCACACGCGAAUUCUCGUCUGUUGAGCGUUCUCUCAAAUUUUUUUUAAAAUAAAAAAUAAAUUUUUAAAUAUUAUUGGAAAAAAAGGAGGCAAAAUCGAGUUAACUCGAGACUUCUCAAAAUAAAUACAAAUAAUCGAAACUUCGGAGGAAGAAGUAUAAAAUAUUUUCUGCAAUCAGUCAGAAAUAAUAAUUGUGACGGAAAACAGUGAAUAUUAUAACAAAGAAAAAAAACGUUCUGAAAGUACUAUCUUGACGAGGAAUAAUUUAAAAAAAAUUAAAAUAAUUUAAUAAUAAUUAAAUUAAUGCGUGUGAAGCAUUUUUCAUCAUAAAAAAAUUAAAUACAAAAAAAAAUAAUUUUUUUGUGCGGUUAUCAAAAAUAAAAAAAAAUUACAAAAAUAAAUAAAGAAAAAAUAUUGGAUAUUACGAGAAACAGUUAAAAAAUUUGUUAUCAUCAAAAAUACUCCCAUAUACAAAUAAAUAACAAAGAAACAAUAUCGUACAAGAAAUAAUUUAAAAUAAAAAAAUACUGUUAACAGUGCGAAAAAAAAAAAAUUUUUUAAAAACAAAGGAAUUGAAAAAUAUUUAAAAAAAAUAAUUAUUAUUGAGAAAAAACUGAUAAAUUUUUUAAAAUAAAAAAAAAAUAUAAUUAUUGGAUAAUUUCAACGGCAAAAAUUUAUUAUUAUAAAGGAUAAAUAUAAAAGAAUUGACAAUUUCUACGUCAAGCACGUCACCCGAAGAAAUAAAUGAAAUUUUGAAGCAGCAAGAAAAAAAACGAUAAUGCCAGUAAAGAUGGAAUGGGAACAUACACAAAUGGUGUCCGCCAUGGGCAUGGAUUGGAAUGAAGCGACAACAGACAUUGCAUUACUCGAUCUCCCGACGCUGGAGUUCACGACAGAAAGCGAUCCCUUCUUCUCCGGGUAUGGAAAUAUCUUCGAAAGUCCCGCCGAAACGGCAAAAGAGCAAAUUAUCAGUCAAGAUGUCAUGUGGGGCGGCACAUCAAGCACGAAAAAUGUCGCCGCCAACGAAAAAGCCGGCAGUAUAUCGGCAAAAUCGGCGACAAAACAGCAAGUCAUGAAUCACGUAAUGAGCAAGCAACAGCUCCAAGAGAAAAUUCCCGCUGGACGUUCCUUGUUACGCAACAUAAAUAAUAAUAAUCAUAGUAAUAACAAUAAUCUUAGUAGUAAGCAACAGCAACAAAUGAUGAUUGUAGCCGCUCGUCAAAACGAAAAAAACUGCAGCAGCGGUACUGCCACUCGCCCCGAUACGCCCCUCAGUCUCGACGACGACUCGCCCGAGUUCAAACACAACAUCGACCUGGCUGGAUCCAUUGCGGGCACGCUGAACUCCCAGAUCAGUAAUGGGCGCAAAAUUAGUAUAUCGGCGACAUCGCCCCAAAUUUCGACCCAAAAUGGCGUUCAAGGCGUUGCAAGUCCGAAUGACGAGUCGCAACACAUCAUUACGCUGCUGAAGGAGCACCUCGAGGACGACGACGGCAACAAGUCGGGACAAAUUCUUGACAUUCUCAGCACGAAUGGCUUCGAUAACAGCGAGAAUGUGCUGGACUUUUUACAAUAUCUCUCGGAUUUCGAGGAAGACGAUAGUGCCGUUGAUCUGGAUAGUGAUAGUGAUGAAUAUACCUCAAGUAGUAGUGGAUACGGUUGUAGUAGUAAUAGUGUAGUGAAAAAUAACGACAAAUAUAGCAGUUAUAUGAGUAAUAGUUCCAGUACUAGUAGUAAUAAUGCACAAUUGUCACAUGUUCCUGUACCGUAUGAUUAUCAAGAGACACACUUUGGUGACCAUAGCUACACACGACCCAAAGAUCGCUUUGAUACACGUGACUUGGGCGUACAAACGCCAUCAGAUUCCGAAGAAGAAGAAAUUGACGUUGUCUCCGUUGGCGAUCGCACUCUCCCCACAAAUCCGAGUGCGCGCGAUCGUCGUCACUACCAAACCGCCGUCGCUCACAAAAUCUCCGCGCGCAUGGUGAAAACCCAAAAGAACGGUCUCCGCACAAUUCCGCCGCAACGACGACGCUGCAGCAACGACGACAGCCCGAACAGUUCAAGUACAAAUACCCCAGUUAAGCAUUUCAUUGGCAGCAAUGCGUCGGCGGCUUAUAGCACGGGCAUUCCCACAGUUCCCGCGAGCCUCGCGAAAAAACGCCCCGCCAACGGCCUCAGCAACGGCAGCAGCAGCAGUAAAAAGCAUCGCAGCAACAACGGCAGCAGUCUCGGCGCCGGCAACAAGAAGCAAAAGACACCAAAUAAGCGCAACUUUUCCGAUUCCGACGAACUCGAGACGCUGGAAAAGCGCAAUUUGCACAACGACAUGGAACGCCAACGUCGGAUAGGCCUGAAAAACUUGUUCGAGGAGCUCAAGAGCACGAUUCCGUCGAUAAAGGACAAGGAACGCGCGCCCAAAGUGAACAUUUUGCGCGAAGCGGCGCUGCUGUGCAACAAAUUGACGCGCGAAAACGAGCAAUAUCAGGCGCUCAAGAAGCAACAAACCAAGUUAAUGGCCAAAGUGAAGCAACUACGUGCCUCGAUGGCCAACAAAAGAAAAAUUAUUUGGACAAACACAGAAAAUCCGAUCGCCGUUAAAGAUGAUGAUGUCCUUUAAAAAAAAUAAAAUAUUACAAAAAAAAACCGCAAAAAUCAACAAAAUAGACAAAAAUAAUUAAAUUACAAACAAAACAAAAAAAAAAAAAAUAGCAAAACAAAAAUUGUAGAAUUAAAAAAUUUGAUCUCUUUAACCUCUAGUUACAUAUUAGUUUUACAUAGAUUUUUUUUUACUUUUUUUUUUUAUUAAAUAUCCAUAUUGAUUAGUUAUGAUUUAUUAACCAGAAAACAUAGAUUUAUAUAUAUUAAAAAAAAAAUAAUGCACGCAGUUACGUAACUAAAAUAGAAUAAAAAAAUAGGUUCAUCAUACAUACACACAAAAAUGUAUAAAAUUCAAAUAAUAAUUUCAAUUAGUUGCUUCCGUAGAUCGCAGAUUUUUUUUUUUUACAUUAGAUACAUUUAUUAUAUUAUAUAUAUUAUAUAUGAAAAGUUGAGUUUUUCUUUAAAAAAAAAAAAAGUUAUUAUGUUAUAUAUUCCGAAAUAUGAUUUUUUUUCUACAUUAAACAUAUAUUCAUUCAUUAAUAAUAUUCUUAAUAAGGUAUGAUAUAGUUACUAUUUUUCAAAUGAUGAUGGGUAAUUUAAAAAAAAAAUUAUAGACACACAUCAGACGAGAAUUUUUUACACAAAAUACAAUAAUAUUGAUUAUAAUUAUGAAAAAAAAAACAAAAACAAACUUGAAAUGAAUCCUAGUAGAUUUGUAAUUUUUAUUAUUAUUAUAUUAUAUUAUGAUUAUUAUAAAUAUUAAACUUGAGUUAUAUUACAAAAAAUAUAUACUAUAUUAACAGAUGAUUAUGAUUGAGAAAACAAAACUGUACAGAAGGAUCACUAAUAUUAUAACUAUUAAUUAAUAAUUAUAUUAAUUUUUUGAAUUGUUUGAUAAACAUUAUAAACAUAAAUAUAACUUACUUUUUUCCAACGAUGAAUUUUUUGUGUUUUAUUUUUUUUAUUAUUUUUUUUUCGACAAAAAUUUCUUCUUCUUCCAGACGAAACAAACAAAUGUAUACUAAAAAAUCAUUAACGUACAACGAUCGCUUUUCAAUUAUAUAUAUUAUUAUUAUUAUAUAUGAUAUAUACUAACAUUAGAUUGAUUGUGAUUUUUUUUAAUAAUUAAUUUUUUUUUUGAGAGGUUUGAAAAUUAAUAAUUAAUUGAUCCUAAAGAAACUACCAAAACUGAUACAAAAUUGUUCGCAAACAACGUCAAACAUCAUCGCAACUAUUUUUAAUUUUUAUUUUGAUAUAAACGACCGAUUUGAAUUUAUUUGUUUUUAAGUUGUUUUAACAUAUAUAAUAUUGAAAAAGUUAUUUUAAGUUUUUUUUAAAUAUAUAUAAUAUAAUGAAGUGAUUAGAUUUAUAAUAAUAUACAAAAACAUAAAUAUAAACAUUAAGGGA